CAAUAUGCAACCACCUACAAAUAUUUCUGUCUUCAACCCUCCAAAGUCCAAGCUAUCGGAACAUGUCUGCUUCUACUUCAACUACUCAACUCUUUCAAGAUUUUCUUGGGGACUUCUACUCAAGAAGAUUGCUAUUACAUAACCCUCUUUACCAAUCAACAAACACGGCAACUCCUCCAGCUCCUGGAAACAGUGCGCCAUCUGAACCUUCCACUGGCACUGGCAGCAGCUUUGAUGCGAAUGUUGUUAUGGUCCUUUCAGUUCUGUUGUGUGCACUGAUUUGCUCACUGGGGCUCAAUUCCAUCAUUAGGUGUGCAUUAAGGUGCUCUAACAUAGCAGCUUCAGAAUCUGCUGCGAACCCCUCGACUCAGUCAGCAAACACUGGAGUGAAUCGAAGAGCAUUAAAGUCUUUCCCAGUGGUAAAUUACUCAAGUGACUUGAACCUGCCUGGCCUUGACACAGAGUGUGUAAUAUGCCUCUCAGAGUUCACUCCUGGUGAGCGUGUGCGGCUUCUUCCUAAGUGCCACCAUGGAUUCCAUGUCAAAUGCAUUGAUAAGUGGCUUAGCUCCCACUCAUCCUGCCCUACAUGCAGGCACUGCCUGAUAGAGACAUGUCAAAAAAUUAUUGGUUGUAGCCAGGCUAGCACAUCAGGAACCUCUCUACCAGUACAAGAAACCAUUGUGAGCAUAUUGCCCCUAGAACCUGAAGGUUUGAUACGAGAUUACAGGGAAAAUAGCUAAGAAUUUUCCUUUCUUUUUUUCACUUUUUAUUGUAUAAUAUGUUUAGCCCUGCCCCUUGAAGGAUGAUACUUAAAGGCCUUAAUUUGCCACAGGUUAUAGGCUACCAUCCACAAGAAGUGCAGUACACAUGUAAAUUUUUAGCAGUUUGAAAUUGUUAACAUAAUGCACAAUUUUUCUUUCCUCACAA